UGGGCACACAUCCUCCCCCUCCUCCCACAGCAAGAGGUACAGAAGUGCAUCACUUGGCACAGGAGUGGAGGUCAGCAGUGCCACUUGCCAACUGCCUUAAAAAGGAAGACCAGGGAUGCCAGGACGAAGGAGUGGGAUCCAAAGGGAGAUGCCAUCAUGAGGAAUCAAUGAGGAAUCUGUAACAAAGGAGGCCUGGGGGGCGGAGGGGCCAGAAGGAUGAAACCUGGGAAAUCAACAUCUCCCGAGAGGGAAAUAACAACAGUAAAGCCAGGUUCUAAGUCAGUAUCUAGUCCUGACUGGGAGCCUAAGCCACCCCAGACACCUAUCACCCAGACAGAGCCUGGGCCAAAAGCGACAGCCACAGCCCAGCCAGAAUCUAAGACUCAUCAGGAACCCAAUACUCAACAGGACCCUGCUCCACAGCAAAGACCCCUCACUCAGCAAGGGCCCCUUGCCCAACGUGAAGCUGAAGAGCAGCACAGACCUAGCAUCCAACAAAAUUCCUCUUUGUGGCAGGAACUGCUUGCCCCACAGGAACCUGCACCACAGCAGUCACCUUGCAUUCACAGGGUGCCCUUCACUCAACAGCAAGCUGCCUCACAACAAGGACCUGGGCCACAAAAAGAAUCUGAAACUCAACAGGAGGCACAAUUGAGAGGGGCACAUGUAGCCGAGCCAGUACCUGGUCCAGUGGAGCAACCUCCAGAGCAACAAGAAGCUGGAUCAACACCUCCAGCCCAGCCUACACCUGGACCCAAAAAUGAAUCACCUGCCCAGACUGAAUCUAUACCCCAAGAGAGACCAGAACAGUCAGACCCUACAGCCCAGCAAACAGAUCCAGCCCAAGGGGCCAGAUCCCAAGAGAGAUCUUCAACCGACUGGAGAUUUCUAUCAAAACUGCACCAACUACCCACACAGCAACCAGCCUCAGCAUGGAGGACAUCUUUUGACUGCGUCACUGAUUCUGACUUAGAAUCAGAUUUGGGGUCUCCAGUACAGAGCAAUCUACCAGCCAAAAGGCGUAGAACAGUGGCCCUGGGAACGAAGCUGACCUUCAAGGGGAAGCAUGAAGUAGCAUCAGGCUAUGGUGGGAAAGCAGCACACGGGAAGAAAACCACCAGCCAGAAUCCCAGGGACACAGCCUCACGGCUCACGCACAGCAUGGACCUGCACACGAUGACACAGUCGCUGGUGACUCUGGCGGAAGACAACAUGGCCUUCUUCUCGAGCCAGGGCCCUGGGGAAACAGCAAGACGGCUGUCGGGAGUCUUUGCGGGCAUCCGGGAGCAGGCGCUGGGGCUGGAGCCAGCCCUGGGCCGCCUGCUGAGCGUGGCGCACCUCUUUGACCUGGACGCAGAGACGCCAGCCAAUGGGUACCGGAGCCUGGUGCACACAGCCCGCUGCUGCCUGGCGCACCUGCUACACAAAUCGCGCUACGUGGCCUCCAACCGCCGCAGCAUCUUCUUCCGCACCAGCCACAACCUAGCAGAACUCGAGGCCUACCUGGCUGCCCUCACCCAGCUCCGGGCCCUAGCCUACUAUGCCCAGCACCUGCUGGCCACCAACCAGCCCGGGGGACUCUUCUUUGAGGGCGACGAGGGGCUCACUGCUGACUUCCUGCGCGAGUACGUCACUCUGCAUAAGGGCUGCUUCUAUGGCCGCUGCCUGGGCUUCCAGUUCACGCCCGCCAUCCGGCCAUUCCUGCAGACCAUCUCCAUCGGGCUGGUGUCCUUCGGGGAGCACUAUAAGCGCAAGGAAACAGGCCUUGGUGUGACAGCCAGCUCCCUCUUCACCAGCGGCCGCUUCGCCAUCGACCCAGAGCUACGCGGGGCUGAGUUUGAGCGGAUCAUACAGAACCUAGAUGUGCACUUCUGGAAAGCCUUCUGGAACAUCACUGAAAUAGAGGUGCUCUCGUCUCUAGCGAACAUGACAUCCACCACCGUGAGAGUAAGCCGCCUGCUCAGUCUGCCACCAGAGGCCUUUGAAAUGCCGCUGACUGCUGACCCCAAGCUCACGGUCACCAUCUCACCCCCGCUGGCGCACACGGGCCCAGGGCCGGUCCUUGUCAGGCUCAUCUCCUAUGACCUACGUGAAGGACAGGACAGCAAGGAGCUCAACAGCCUGGUGAAGUCCGAGGGUCCCCGGAGCCUGGAGCUGCGGCCACGCCCCCAGCAGGCUCCCCGUUCACAGUCCCUGGUGGUGCACAUCCAUGGCGGCGGCUUCGUGGCCCAGACUUCCAAAUCCCACGAGCCCUACCUCAAGAGUUGGGCCCAGGAGCUGGGCACCCCCAUCCUCUCCAUCGACUACUCCCUGGCCCCCGAGGCCCCCUUCCCCCGGGCACUGGAGGAGUGCUUCUAUGCUUACUGCUGGGCUGUCAAGCACUGCGCCCUCCUCGGCUCAACAGGGGAGCGGAUAUGCCUCGCAGGGGACAGCGCAGGUGGGAACCUCUGCUUUACCAUGUCCCUGAGGGCAGCAGCCUUCGGGGUGCGGGUGCCAGAUGGCAUCAUGGCAGCUUACCCGGCCACAAUGCUACAAUCUACCGCCUCUCCCUCCCGCCUUCUGAGCCUCAUGGACCCCCUGCUGCCCCUCAGUGUGCUCACCAAGUGUGUCAGCGCCUAUGCUGGUGGAGAGAUAGAGGACCACUCCGACCCGAACCAGAAAGCGCUGGGCAUGAUGGGGCUGGUGCAGCGGGACACAGCCCUGCUCUUCCGAGACCUCCGCCUGGGUGCCUCCUCAUGGCUCCACUCCUUCCUGGACCUGAGUGGGCACAAGUCCCACACGAACUCAGUGCCCAUGGCAGAACCAAUGCGGCGCAGUGUGUCUGAGGCAGCACUGGCCCAGCCCGAGGGCCCGCUGGGCACGGACUCCUUCAAGAGCCUGACACUGCAUGACCUGAGCCUAAAGGGCAACUCUGACACAUCGGGCAGCCCUGAGCUGUCACUGUCUGCAGAGACACUGGGCCCCUCCAUGCCCUCCAAUGUCAACUUCUUACCUGGCCCUGAUGUACGCAAAGACGCUAAAGCACCAGGUGAGCUGAGGGCCAAGGACAGAGGCCAGGGCGUGCUUGCCAACUUCCCUGAGGGUUUCCACCCCAGGCGCGCCAGCCAGGGCCCCACUCGGAUGCCCAUCUACUCCUCACCCAUCGUCAAGAACCCCUUCAUGUCGCCGCUGCUGGCACCUGACAGCAUGCUACAGAGCCUGCCGCCCGUGCACAUUGUGGCGUGCGCGCUGGACCCCAUGCUGGACGACUCGGUCAUGUUCGCGCGGCGGCUGCGCGGCCUGGGCAAGCCCGUGACCCUGUGCGUGGUGGAGGACCUGCCGCACGGCUUCCUGAGCCUGGCGGCGCUGUGCCGGGAAACGCGGCAGGCCGCGGCGCUGUGCGUGGAACGCAUCCGUCUCAUCCUCACUCAGCCCGCCGCGCCCGCCGCACCCACCGCGCCCGCCGCACCCACCGAGCCGCGGGUCUGAGCCAGAGCCGGCCGCGCGGGAAGAUAGGGUUGCGGGGGGCGACACUAAAGGCCUCUUGUUUCCAUCUAAGUCGGCCUCCGUGGUGAAUACCCCCUUCCACCCCCCCCCCCCGUUAGGCGGCGGGGACCCCCGCGAGGGGCUUCUGGCCCAUUCGGCCCUCCCUCCGGGUGGGGGUGGGCGGGAGGGGCAGGCUGUGCCUUAAGGUGGGGGGACGGCUGGGGGGGGGGGGGAGAGGGGAGGCGGGGCCGCAAGCUGAGACCCUGGCCAGGGGGGCGGGGGAGGGGGCACACAAACCAGUCUCCGUAGACAGCCAGAGCUGCACUCCAUCAUUGCCUUCUACUGCUGCUGUGACCGACGCAGGGCGGGGGACUGGCCCUACCUCGCCUGUCGGUUUGGUUUUGUUCCUUUGUAAAUAAAAAUGUAUUUAAUUA